AUUUAUAUAAUUUGGAAAAGAAACCAACUCCAGAUUGAGCUCAGCAGCGUUACACUUGAAGAGGACCAAACUCCGUCGGCACAACUGAUGGAUCUUGCCAUGGACGGAGCCAUGACGCAACCGCCAUCGACACAUCUGCGCCGCUUCUUGCAAGGAGGGUCGUCCUUCGAUGGAAGCCUCGCGGUGUACAUUUACAUCUUUAUCGGGGCGAUGGUGUUUGUGGGUAUGCUAAGUCUCCUUGCGUACUGCUACCACCAGCGCCGUAUCGCGCGGUACUUGGAGACGGACAACAUGAACAACAACAUGCAGCGCCAUUCUCUCAUCGACAGGUAGACCAACGCGGCGUCUAUCCCACAUGCAUGUGGUAUUUAACACGUCAUCCGUAGCUUCCUCGAAGCCGGCGAAUCGGAGUGGCAGUGUUCGGUCUGCUAUCAUGAAAACCACCCGGCGAAGCGCGAAUGCCUUCUCUGCGGCACACCUCAAAGUACGCGCGUCGAUUCGAUUAUUCCAUGUAUGUCAUCUUGUCGUGUUGUCUAGUCGUGUUGGAGCAGGCGGCGGUGGGCACGCCGCGGUAUCACUUUGGGGACCACGACACACCGUUGGACCCGCUCCAAGCCGCUCGGCAGCGGUCAUUCCACGUGCGUCGACUGAACGAGAUGCAGGAGAACAUGCACUUGAACCAGCGGCAGCGCGGCGCCCGUCGACGGAACCUGUGGAAGCGCGAGAAAGGCGACGACGGGCAAAUGCGAUGGGUAAACCAACCAACCCCCCUCCAUCUAUAUGAUGAAUAUCGCCGUAGGUUCGCAUCGAAGACUGCAAGCCCCGCGUAAGCAUCCUCACGAGCGCGAAUCCGCCGCCGCCCGAGGAGUACCUCUUUGACAUGCACGCCCGCACAUCGUUCUCGUCGCACACAGAGUCCACCGUCGAGACCGAGCUCAUGCUCACGCCGUCCGCGGCGGCGUCGGCCCGCCAACUCCUCCGUGGAAGUACGCGCAAAACGGCCAAGAUCACCAAACGCACGGACACGUCGGAAACGCUCAUGGCUCAAGACUCUGUCGGGUUUGUACGCAACACGGACGACUUGGGCCUUGUGUCGUGGGUCCCCGCCGACACGAUUCGCAUGUCGGAGGCCCUGAUAAUCGACACGGAAGAGUUUCCUCGGGCGUCGUCUGUCAUCGACUUUGAAAGUGUCGCGGCGCUGCCGUUUCGUCACAAGGUGCGCUGGUUCUUGCAAGAGCUGGACAAGGUGGCGGUGCCGUGGGAGGAGGGCCAUCUUCUCUUAAAAAUCCGACGCGAUGCCGUGUUGGAAGAAUCGAUGCAUUUGCUCAUGUUGAUUCCCGCGGCGGACAUUCGACAGCGCCUUCGCAUUGAGUUUAUCGACGAGCCAGGCUUGGAUGCUGGGGGAUUGCUGCGGGAAUGGGUCCUCUUGCUCUGCGAACGGUUGUUUGACGGGUCGUACGGGUUGUUUCAGUCGAGUCAUGUGGAAAAUUUCGGGUACUGGAUCAACACCAACUCGGCGCAAUUGAAACCAGAUCACUUGAAGUGCUUUGAGUUUAUUGGGCGGCUGAUUGCCAAGUGCCUUCUCGAAGGCCAGCUGCUCACUGUGCAUUUCUCACUGCCUCUGCUCAAGCACAUCUUGGGCGUGCCCAUUUCAUUUAGCGACUUGGAGUUUUUAGACGAAGACUUGUGCAAAAAUGCCAACUGGUUGCGCGACCACUCGGACGUGGACACCUUGAGUUUGGAUUUUACAGUUCAGUCAUUUGAUGCAAAUGGCAAGGCUCUGCCGCCCAUCGAGUUGGUUCCUGGCGGCGGCGGCAUCGCCGUCACGGACGCCAACAAGGACGAGUAUUUGGUCGCCCUGCUCAAGUACCACAUGUUUGAUUCUGUCCACGAGCAAGUGGCGGCGCUGCUGAAAGGCAUCUUUGAUGUGCUCCCGCGGAACCUCCUCGCGGCAUUCGACUACCAGGAGCUGGAGCUGCUCAUCUGCGGCGUGCCCAAAAUCGACGUGGACGACUGGAAGCGGCACACGGACGUCAAGUUCGCGGACUUCGACCACCCGUCGAAAGCCGAGCACAAGGUAAUUGACUGGUUUUGGGCGAUUGUGGCCGAGUUUUCACAAGAUCAGCGCGCGCGGCUGCUCCAGUUUGUCACGGGCACGUCGCGGGUGCCAGUGGAAGGCUUCAAGGGAUUGCUUAGCAACGACGGACGUGUGCGCCGAUUCGGCAUCCAGAUGGUCGGGCGGGGCAUCCCCCCCACGGGACUGUACCCGAAAGCCCACACGUGCUUUAACCGCAUCGACGUGCCCCUGUACACGUCCAAGGAGGAAGUGGCCACGUACUUGACGCUUGUGAUCAAUAUGGAAAUCACAGGAUUCACCAUGCAAUAGAGUGUAGUUAGUCGAGAUGGGAACUAUUAAUAGUGUGAUUGUGUAUACUACCAGUAAAGAGAGAAAUCAACACAAUGACGUUCGACUGGUU